GGGUUUAUGAACAAGUCUCGCGAGAUGUCUGCAGUGGGGCAAAGAAAAUGGAAGCUUGUUAGCAUGAUAGCACCGCCGUUGACACAAUAACUGGAAAAAUAACAGUUUACAACGAAGAAUGGACACAGUGGAAAAUAACACCAACAUUGAAGAUUCAGACGAGCAGCAGAGUACUUCAGAGGGAUCAGACCUGGGUAUUAGGCCAACCCUGUCACAGUUUAGAAAGUCCUGGGGUUUCAGGCGGACAACCAUUGCGAAGAGGGAGUUCAUUGAGGAGGUUGGAGAGCUUGCCCACAGUCCUCCACUUGUUCGGAGAGGCAGAAGUCGCAGAAUCAACCAAACACCGCAGACCCCCACAGACAAUGAAAGUACACAAAAACCUCUAACAGCUAGGAGUGUUUUAGAUGACCUCCAGUGGUCUGCCCCAUCGUCACCUCUGUCAGACGAUGGAAAGCUUUCCUCUGAAACCUCUGCAGGAGAUGCCCUUGAUCCCCUUUUAUGGCAGGAUUUUGGUUCCGCCUUCCACACAGCCUUUUCUCUACUUGGUGGGAAUGAGGGCCUGUCGAUGACGAUGAUGGAUUCAGAGGAAGUGUCUGACAUUCUAGAAGCUACUGAUCCCACUACAGCCCCAAGUCCUCCAGCUAUAGAGGAGAUGGAGGUGGCAGACAACAUGGAUGCCAUUGGCGACGCACAGCCAGCUAGUUAUGGCUUUGUUCAAGAAGAAAAGAUCAGUGAGACCAUUCUGAUCUCUAGUCAAGAAGAUGACAGCGAUGAUCUGACUCUGUUACAGGUGAAAGAGUCUGCUUACCCUAGCGGCAGGCAGGGUGGCACAGUGGCUCGUGGGGGUAAAGGGGGAAGAGGAAGGGCCAGAGGAAGGGGGAGAGGGAGAGGGAAAGGCAGGGGCAGGGGUAAAGGCAGAGGCAGGGGUAAGGCUCUGGAGCUUCAGAGAAUCAUUGUCGGUGCAGAAGACAGUGAUGAUGAGGUGAUGAUUGUUAGCACAGCCGAGCAGCAAGAUACGCCAAAAGAAAACGAUCCAGAUAUUCCUGCCGAAAAAGAAGCCUCUCCUGUCAACGUCCCUCUAGACCCUGCUCAGCAGCUCAGCCCAGACUGUGUAGUUUUAGACGGGAGUACAAGUCAGAGUGCUGCUGCUAUCCUUGGCCAGUUUGAUGAUGUGCUGGAAGAGAUUGAGGGCAAAAAGAAAGCAGAGAGUUUAAAUACAUGUACAAGCAUAUCAGACACUGAGGGGUGUGACCCCAAUGCCCUGUGCUGCAUCUAUCACCAAAAACACGAUCAAAGGUUCAUGGUCUGCUGUCACAGCUGCCAGGCGUGGUUUCAUAAUAGUUGUGCGGAUGACAGUUCAACAGAAGUCUGGAAGACUGAGAGGAAGGAGCACAGAAACACUUGCCCCCAAUGUGCCACAAAGACGCAGCUUGUAUUUGAAUCUCCCUCCCAGCCAGAAGCUGACCUUAGCCUUCCUGAAAGCUGGAGACAAAGUCCUACUGGAGAUGAUUCUGUGACGCAAGAGCUGCUGCAUAACUUCAAGGAACAUGAAGCUGACAAAGUGGAGGUGCAGCCGAACUCUCUGAUGAAGAAGCACGAAGUUGAGAUGGAGACUGACCAUUCUCACCCUGUGUGCACUGGGCCUGGCUGCUCCAGACAGGCACUGCCAGAUUCAGUGUACUGUGGCACAGACUGCAUCCUUCAGCAUGCUGCCAUCACUAUGAAGACGCUCUCUGACCCCAAGGUGCCUAAAACUAAGGGGCGUGGGUCGAGGAAGUCAGCAGGGGACAAACCCACUGCAAAGACACAAAAACCAGGUCGGAUGUCCAGGAGAUUGGCAGAAAAAUCUUCUCAGGAUGCUGACGAGGAGGAGAAAAAGGAGAACGAUGGGGAGCAAGAGGCUGCUACAUCCUCUAUAACCUGCGACCCCAGUCUCACAGAUGUUCAGUCCACUUCCAUCCCACCAUCUUAUUUAAACACAACGUCAGUGAAUGAGGCCGACAAAAACCCUGUGACUUACUGUGAGGCUGGAUCUUCACCCAAACAUCUUCCAGAUGACACCUCAAGAAACCCAGCUGUCAUUUCCAAGUCUGCAAUGGAGGAAGCAGCUGCACAAAGUCAAACCCCAGAAAAACCUAAGGACCCGGAAAGCAGCAGCGCAUGUCCUGAAGGAGCAGUUACUUCAACAACGCCUUCAUCAGAAAAAUCUGGUCAGGUCCUGAUUUUAAAACCUCCAACCUCUUCAGCAUCUAGACAUCAUGAGAGCGGCGCCCUCGUGGUCUCAAAAACCACAUAUGUCAUCCCAAAGAAACCGUCUGCAUCCCAAUCUGUGUCAAGACAUAUUUCAGCAUCAGCUGCGGUAAAGAAACCCUCCUUGGGCCUCGGUUUGUCAAGUGAAACCCGAAUUCUGCCUGUGUCGCCGGCACCCAGUGCUCCCUCCUCCAGACCCUGUCAGCCCAACACCCAGAUCAGGCAAAGCAUCCAACGCUCCCUCACAAGCAUCCUUCUCAAAAGGAUCUGUGAUUGUGAGGACCUGGAGAUGUCUGAGAGUGAAGUUGCAAAGCUUGUUGCUUGCAUUGAAACAGAGAUGUUUGACAUAUUUCGCAACACAGAUAGCAAAUACAUGAACAAAUACCGAACAAUAAUGUUCAACUUAAAAGACCCAAAAAACAAGGGCUUGUUGUAUCGGGUUGUGCAUGGAGAAAUUGGCCCUUUCCGACUGGUCAGAAUGAGUCAAAAAGACAUGCAGGCUAUUACGGCGCCUGAGCCUAAAGCUGCAGAAAAAUCCCAGAAAAAGGACGGGACUGCUAAAUUGACAAGUUUGCAGAAACCUGAAGCUGUGAAGAUUGAUUUGCCUAGUUUGAAUCCUAGGAUUGAGAAGAAAUCUGAAAUCUCAGACCAGAAGAAGAAUCCUGCUCCUCCUUCAUCGAAGGUCAGAGCUUCUCACCCUGGCCAGGAUGGUGCUGCUCCAGAUAUUCUCUCCUGCAUGCUAAAGGAUACAACAUCAGAACACAAAGCUCACCUUUUUGAUCUGAAAUGCAAGAUAUGCACAGGUCAGAAACAAGGCACAGAAGCGGAAGAGCCUGUAAAGAAAAAACCUAAAUUGUCUUUGGGAAAAGAUAAAAAUGAGCCACCUUGGAAAAAAUCUGUGGAAGAAUCUUCCUUGCGCGCACCACCUGACUUCGUUGACAAGGAUUCGCCUGCAUCUUCAUCAAUAGAUUCCUUUUCCCACCUGUCUGACUCCCCAAAGUUGACCAUUGUGGAAUCGCCUGCUUCACCCACGGAUUCACAUGCAUCCCCUACUUUUGAAUCUCCAGCUUCCCCUGUCAUAGAAUCUCCCGCCUCCCCAACUCCAGACUCUGCUUCUGUGACUCCACCAAAGAGAGGAUACACACCUGUUGUAAUUCCAGCUGUUUCUACAGUUAGCAUUUUGAGACGGGAUCCCCGCACUGCAGCGAGCAGAAUGGCUAGUUCCUCUAGUAACAAUAACACAAUUCAAAACCAAGCUCCCUCUUAUGCCCCUGUGAAAGACACUCCUCGUUCAUCUUCUGCCCCAUCAUCUUCACUGCCAGCACACAAAACAUUACCCAAGUCUAUCCUACUGAAGCCAUCUUCAACUGCUGAUCCCAGACUUUAUGGCUCAUCAUCAAGAGCCAUGGCCUCUAAGGCGCCAGCUGAAGGUGACACUGCCCAGUUCUUAGCCAAGCAAGACAUUCUAUGGAAAGGCUUUCUAAAUAUGCUCACUGUCGCAAAGUUUGUCACAAAGGGAUACUUGGUUUCGGGAUCAGCAGAAAAUCUUAAAGUGGAUCUACCUGAUACGAUUCAAAUUGGAGGCAGAAUCUUGCCUGAAACCGUGUGGGACUAUGUCGAAAAACUAAAAACCUCUGUUACAAAGGAGUUGUGUGUCAUUCGGUUUCAGCCAGCAACAGAAGAGGAGGAGGUGGCGUACGUCUCCCUGUUUUCCUAUUUCAGCAGCAGAGGACGUUUUGGAGUGGUUGCAAACAUCAGCCGGUCAAUCAAGGAUGUGUACCUUGUCCCACUCAGUGCAAAAGAAUCAAUCCCAUCAAUGCUACAACCUCUUCAAGGACCAGGGUUUGAAAAAAAUCGACCCAAUCUUCUCUUGGGUUUAGCAAUUGUCCAGAAGGCAAAACGUCAAGGAACCUCUCCUCCGGAAAUUGAAGAAAAGAGAUCCAAGGUUAACAUGUCCAAGGAUCCUAUGUGGAUUCCAAAACCACCAGUCCUUUAUGGGUCAGAUAAAUCGGAGAUGUUUCAACCCUAUGAUCCAGAAACACCUGCUAAUUCCUCUCCUCUGUUAUCACCGUUGGACUCUUCAGCUUCUGGAUCAGUUAAAACACCAUCUGUUUUAACCGCCCACAAACCACCUCCUCCUGUCCCAUUUGUUGUUGCCCCAGAGUCAACAUCUAAUAGCAACUCCGAGAAGAAUACAGCACAAGCAUCGAAUGAGAAGACUCCGCUACAAUCUAUUUUGAAAACUUUGUUUAGAAAUAAGCAGUCUGACUCCAGUGCCUCUGAAGAAGGUUCUGCAAAACCAACUCGUGGUACCAGGAAGACCCCAGUGUCUCUAAUGUCUGACUCAAGUUUGGAUCCAAUUGUCCAACAAUAUGGACAAAAAUCUAAAGUUCAAAACUUGGAGGAAGAGGAGAGUGACUUUGACAGACCAUAUGACCCUGAAGAGGAGUAUGAUCCUGCAAUGAAACAAACAACAGUUACCCCACAGACAAAAGAAACAAGUGCAACUGAUAGCUCUACGGUAUCAGAGUUUGUGGAAGAUGAUGUAGCCUAUGAUCCGGAAGAUGAAACCAUCUUUGAAGAUAUUCAGAGUAAUAAAGCCGUAAUAAAGCAGACUGCUCCAAUUCAGACCCCAAAUUCUCCAUCAUGUCCAGAACCAGCUCUAACUACUACUUCAACACAGAGUUCUGUUCCAGUUUCAGUCACAUCAGAACUUCCCACUGGUACUGUGGUUGUCUCAGCUGCAACAUUAACGGAGCAGCAGAGGAUGCUCGAAGAGCUCAACAAGCAAAUAGAAGAGCAAAAACGUCAGUUGAAAGAGCAGGAAGAGGCCUUACGACAGCAAAGAGAAGCUGUGGGUAUGUUCAUGGCUCAGUUUUCUGUUUCUGACUCUCUUAUGUCUACUCCAACAAAAGCUUUCCCUCUUAGCCAGCUAUCAUCUGUGGAGUCUGGUUUGUUAAAGACAGAGCCUAUAGCUUCAGACAAAACCAACAUUACAGGGGCAGAUGACAAUUCAAAAAUGAUUUCCAAAAUGUCUAAGAUAGAGGGCACUGUCUUAAAAGAUGAUAAAACGAAGCCUGAUGAAACAAAGACAAAUGUUGAGGAACGGGACAAAUAUUCCUCAGCUGGAGAGAUUGAUGACUCUGAUGUAGCUUAUGAUCCAGAGGAUGAGUCCCUUUUUGAUGAAAUACAAGAUGAUGUUUUUAAAGGUGGGAGUACAAAGGCAGGUGAUAUUUCAUUUAGAUCAAGGCAUAGUGACACUAAGAGUGGAGGUUCUCCAGAUUCAUACCAUGGCAAAAAAAUGAAAUCCUCACCAAAACGACGGAGUCGUCGUGAAAGGCACCACCAUGGAAGUCCUUCAAGGAGAUCCCAGCCUCGGUCCCACUCCCGUUCCAGUAGACAUAAAGACAGAGAUAGACAUAGAAGAAGUGAAAGGGACAGGUCAAAGCAUAGGGUCAGAGAUCCUUCUGAACGACAGAGACACCAUCACAAAGACCCCAGUGCAUACCGACAUUCUCGAGGACAUAGAAGAUCUCCAUCAGCUCCUCGAAAAAAACAUUCUGUAUCUGUUUCUCCAAAACGACACAGGGCCCCCCUCUCUCAAGGUGUUGAAAAAACAAAAGAAAGUGAUCUUCUCGAAUCUUCUGACUUUGCUGCACAGAAUAAUGAAUCAAUUUCUCAAGUUCCAAUUAAAAAUACUCCAGAUGGAAAUCAUCUGGAAUCCAUCUCACAAAUGGCAGAAAAGGAUUCACUCAAAAAUACUUAUAGUAUGAAGACAGAUAUUCCACAUCUGCCAAUGUCUCAAAACAGUGAAAAUAAGGUAUCUGGCUGUAAUCUUUCUACACAGACAUGUAACUCUGCCCAGCAGGUUUCAUUUUUUACAGAUAAAUGUGAAAACACAAUUCCAUUAAGAGAAAUUGAGCCUCCCAUUCGAGAUUCUCCUGAGAGCCCUGAUCCAGAUCCACGUUUUGUAAAACAUUCCCCCAUUGAAGGCGAUGGUUGUUCUGAAUCUGAGGAUGUGAAAGAUCCAGAAGUGUUUACCAAUGACUCAGUGUUAAUUAAAUCUGAAAAAGACUGUUUACCGAUUGGUAGUGAAACAACAAUAUCCUUUAAGGUACUAAACCAACAGAGUCUUGGUGUCAGAGGUCAAUAUUCAACACAACAAAAGGACAAGACAGUAGCAGAUUCCAAUAAAAAGGUUUUGCCUUUAUCCACCAUGGAAGAUUUGAGAAAUAUGAAUAGUUUACCAAAUAUUAACCAAGAGGUUAAACAUCUGCACCUGGCUAUGCAAUCAAGAGUUGACUCACAUUCACCAAUGGAAGAAUCGAGAAAGCAAAAUGAAAAGGCAGGUAGACACAGAGAAGACCUAUUGGUAAAUAGACCUGGGCUUGAUAAUAUGAUCUCACAGCCAAGGGAUCAGUUGUCAAGUGCUGAUAGUUUAAAAACAGAUGCUAAGGGAUUUGCUUGUGGAGACCAAACCAAUAUUUAUCAACAUCAAGGCUUGCAUUUAAAAAUGGAGAACCUUCAGUCAAAACCUGGGGAUACUUGUAGAUGGACGGAGGUUUUACAGGGAGAAAAAGAUGUAACGCCAAACAAUCCAAAUCCAGGUUGGAAAUGUCAUGAACCUUUCCAGAGCAAAGGUCUUCAUUCUCAUACCAGAAAUUUUGAAUGGAAUGUACCAACAUUUGACAGGAAUAGCAAUCAGUGGGAUCAGAGUGGACCAGUUGUUUUUGACAGAAAAGGCAUUGAGAGCCUCCAAUGCACACCGCCAGAAAAUAGCACUAUAGCUACAAGCUUAACCUGUGAGGAAGGACCAGGGUGUUCAGGUUUCAUGGGGCUUAGGACAGAAAUAAGGGGUCCUGACAUGCAUGACAAACAGUUAGAUCAAGGACCUGAAAGGACAAUAAACAAUACGGUGACAUUGAAUAUGGAUUCAGGUUUUAAUAGAACAGAUCCUGUAAGGGCUGGUCUAGAAACUAAGCUUCCAAUCCAAGAAAAAAGAAGACAAGAGGCUCCUGAUUUUAUGGGGCAAAAAUAUGGAGGUCCAUCUGUGGUCAAUGAGGGAUUUGGUAUAAAAGGGCAAAGUGUUACAGGGUCUUAUGGGCCAGGAUUUAAUGACAGAGGUUUAUCUGUGGGCGUGUGUGAUCCUGACAGAAAAGUUUUUGUUGGACAACAUUUCAUAGAAAAAGACCUUGAAACAAAGGGUGUAAUUAAAGGGACACAAAGACCAUACAUAAAAGAGUCAGCCAGCCCAGAUUUAGGAAAUAAAUGGCCUGUAAGGAGAGGACAGGGUAUUGCAAGUCCAGGACCUGGUAUGAACAGUUCCAUGGAAGAAUCUGGGCAUAACACCGACAACACAGGAGGUCAAGGAUUUAUUGAAGGGCAGUGUCAAAACACAGAGCCCCCUUGGAAUAAAAUUGAAGGACCUAGACACUCAAAUUUCAGAGAACAAAGGCCUGGAGGCAGAGGUUUAUCUGUGGAAGAUCCUAACCUUUUUAGAAAAGAACCUGCUGAGCUCCAACUUAGAGGACCUGGGUGUGAAAGGGGAAGACCGGUUGAAAGAGGUCUUCACAAUAGAGGACGUGGAGGUACAGUUUUUAGAGGGCCACGGCCCAACCAAAGAUACUUUUCCAGGGAGACAGUUAGUCAAGGUUCGGAAAUAGGUUCAGAUUUCUGUGAAUUGGCACCUGAUCUUAGAAGCUCAGAUAUUCAUGAUCCAAGGGCUGACAAAAGAAUAUUUGAAAGUUCAGAUUUUAGAAGGCCGGCUCUUAAAAUGAGAGGUCCCACUUUAGACAACCAAUAUGCUGAGAGUAGAGGGCCAAGAGGGACAGAUGUGUGGGUACCUGGUUCAGAAAGGACAGGUUCUGGAGAACAAAACAUUGGUGAUCUGGGUUUUGACAGAACAAGAACUUUUAUGCGUGAUAAUGGGGGUAACUUCAUAGGAGGGGGGCAAGAACAACUUGACCCAGGUAUGGAAGUUCUGGGGCACCACAGUAAACAAGUAGGGCAGCAGUUUUGGGAUCAUGGGGGAGAAGGUAGACAUCCAGAUUUCAGAGAACCAAAUACAAAUGUAGGUCCAGCAGGUCCAGUUCCACGCAGGAGAGAAGAUGAAGGUCCAAAUAUUGGGAGGCCAGGGCCUCAACAUGCUAGUCUCAACAUGGAAAGCCUAGGACCAGAAAGGAGAGGUCCAGAAGGUCCAAAUAUCAUAUUUGGGAAUGAAAGAAUUCCCCCAAAUGGGGAAGAUAUGCCAAACAAGUGCUUUCCAAGAGGCCCACAGUUAAGGCCUUCUGAGCCAGGAAUAGCCCAGCCAGAUAUAGAGGGCCAACAAUUUGGCAGAAGAGGGGCACACUUUGGAAGUGUGGGGCCUGAUAGAGAUACCAUGGGAAGUCAAAGGCCUAUUAGUAGAUAUCCAAAUAUUUCCAGAAGACCAGAAAUUGAUGAAAGAGCUCCUGCCAAUGAGAUCCCACUUCAUGAAAGACAAAUAUCAGAAGGCUUAAACUUCAGAAAACCUUGGCUUGAAAGACACUGUGGAGAAGAGAAGGGUGAAAGACAUGACUGGAAAGAAUCAGGUUCGAAUUUUAGAAAUCCAAGCAUUAGGCAUCAGGGGACAAAUUCAGAGACACCAAGACAUGAAAGACAUAACGAAUGGGUAGAACCCGAAUCUGUUCAAGAAAGUCCUGAUAUAGAAGCUCCAAGGUUUCAUAGAACAGAUCAAAACUUUAGGGGUCGGGGACCCAUGAGAAGACGCUCAAGAGGUGCAGGCCUCAAUGUUCGUUCCUUUGGACCUGGAAGGUGUGACACAGAAUCUGUAGAGAACUGGACUAGUAGAAGAACAUCAAACAUUGAAGCUAUAGGAAACAGAAGGGGAAGAGGCGACAGACAUGGCAUAAACAUAAACUCUCAUCCAUAUCGUCCAGACAACCAGGACCAAGAACAUAGUCAGCAAGAAAUUCUUAGUGAAUGGCAGCAAGAUUUUCAUGGUGAAUGGGAGGACCUUUCAGCAAGUGAAGGUGGGAUCCUACAUGAAGAGCAUGAUGUCCAAUAUUCAGACCAUGCAUCAGGUCCUGGAGGCGACUGGAAUUGUGCAGAUUUUGUAAGUACAGGGCCUGAUCAGGUGAAUUCCGAUGCUUUUUUUCCUGGACCAGGUAGUGGGAGACAAGAAAACGAGUGGAGAGAGCCUUGCAAAAGAGUUGGCAGACCCUUUUUCAGAAAGGAAGGGGAUCUUGAAACAAGAGAACAAUCCUUUGAUAGAGGCAGAACUAGAGGAAGAGUGAGAGGAAGAAGUAGAGGUAGAGGAAUAGGUAGAGGAGGAAGAGGGUCAGCAAUGCAACACAAAAUAGAGGGACCUCAACCCUUUUCAGGAGAUCCAGAUAUGAUGGAUUCAUUUCCAAACAGGAGUGAAUUAGAGAUGAUGGAUCCUGAUUUUAGACACCCAGGACCCAGAUAUAGAAAUUCCAUCCCAGAGUACCCUGGUUUUGAUGGUGAGGCUUCUGAUUUUGGGGAGGUGGAAUCUGAAAUGCUCAAUGUAGACAUGGCGGCCCAUGAGGAUAACUUAAGAGAGGAAUGGAGAGAUCCAAAUAUAAGACAGCAACGUCGGCCGAGAAGUUGGGACAGAAAUGUGGAGUUUCCUAUAUCUGACAAAAGACGUGCAGACAUAAAGGAUGAGCAACAAGGAUUCAAAGGGCAGUCAGCUAAGAGGGAAAGAAGAGGUUCUCAUGCACCAGGCAGAUUCCAGGAUUUUUACAAAUCACAUUCAGCAUUGUUGAAUAGUCGUGAUGAUCCAGGUCCAAGCAGAGGAAGAAAAACACUCCCUGUAUUUAAUAGACCACAAAACCAGCCAGUUGUAGAACCCCAGAGACACAGAGGUGCCUUACUUCCUACUCCAAAAGAAGGUCCUUUAUUAAGACCAGAUCAUUCAGUAAAUCAUGAUGCUUUUAGCAUGACAGAAAAAGAAAUGGGUCACCCAAAACACAUGGAACCAGACAGAGGCCGAGGAAUGGAUUCCCGACACAGAGGGCGAGCAAGAGGGCAUAGAUGGUAAAGCCUAACUAGUGAGUACCUUAAGUCAAGAAAAAGUUGAAGAUAUCAUUAAUUAUUUAUGUGCAGAAAUGAUUACCAAUAAAAGAAACUAGUCAACAUUACUUUCAAACAGGAAGUAACGAGUCAUAUUCGUCAGAAAUUGACAAAGGCAAACUAAUCUUUUACCUUUGCUUAAACCAUGAACCAAAACUACUGAAAUACACUUAAGACUUUACACAUAGGUGUGUUUAAUGCUUUCUUUGAAUACUCUUAUGAUUUCAAUAUAAUCUGUAGACAGAACCUUUUAACAUUUGGUUUGGGAGCUGGAAACAGAAAAAAAUAUGUAUCUGUAACUUGUAUUUUUGUUUGUUUUGCUGCAUUUGGAUAAAGAUCUUGGGGUUAUGACUAAUGCCUCUUAACGAGAUUAUUUGUUUUUUUCUUAAUCCAAUGUAGUGUUCAUGGUAGAAAAAUACUCUGAUUGUUGUACAGAUCAUGUACAGCUCUUUUCUUUGUAAUCAUAAUGUCGCCAUUGUAGUGUUCAUUUGACUUGUAUAUUUUGCUGAUUAAAAAUAAACCUUAUUCAGGAUGUUUUAAAAAUGCUAGUAGUCAAUAAAGUGACAUGUUUUUUAAAAA